AUGCUUCCCCGGCUGAGACAAAGCGCCCUGCUCCUGAAGCUCAGCAGUCCAGCCACGAAAGCUGCGCGCAUCCCGCAGAGUCGACAGUUGACCGCUCGGCUCAUCGACGUGGCGCGUGCGCUGAGCCUGCGGGCAGCGCUGCAAAGCUGGCGACUGCAGGUGGCGAAGGAGCGAGCCUUCAACGCCAUGCUCAUGCUACCCGACGACGAGGAUUUCGCAGCAGUCGAUGCACUGGAAUCUGCCUCCACUGGCUCCACGACGAGUCCGUCCCAGCGGUGGCAUCGCGCCCAGCGCUUCGAAGGUGAGGGAAGCCGAAACUUCAGCUUCUCAGGCCCUCUAUCUGGAGGUAUCUACCAGCCUCGACUGGGCAUGGUUGAGCCUA